AUGAAGAAGGCAAUGGAAAUAAAUAUGUUCAAGGGUUUCAACAAUCAGGAGAUGAUAUCCCAUCUACAAUUUGCUGAUGACACAUUGGUCUUCAUAGAUGCAAGAGAAGAAGUAGAAAGUUUAUUGUUAGUCUUGCACAUUUAUGAAGCCAUCACAGGUCUGCCUGUCAAUUUGCAGAAAAGCUCAAUGGUGAGCAUUGGAGCUGACAAUAAAAUUAAAGAUUGUGCAGAGAUUCUAAGUUGCAAAAUUGAGAAGCUUCCUUUCAUGUAUCUAGGAAUGCCAGUGGGGGCUACAUGUAAUACAAGAACCAUUUGGGAUGUUAUCAUAGAGAAAUUCCAGAAAAAACUUGCACCCUGGAGGAGGAAAUUCCUAAACAAAGCUGGCAGAUUGGUACUAAUCAAAAGCACUUUAGCUGCAUUACCUAUUUAUUUUAUGUCCAUCAUUCUUAUACCGACUUGUGUAGAAAAGAAGCUCACCCAAAUUAUGAGAAACUUUCUUUGGGGAUCUACAUCGGAGAAAAAGAAAAUCAAUUGGAUCGCCUGGUCCAGAAAGGCCACACACAAAGAUGGAUUCAUUCAGAACAUGAUACAAAAUGGAAGAUGGGACAUUCAACUCAUCAGGAAUGCAAGUAUGGAGCAAAUGCAAGAUAUCAUGAAUAUGAUUAUGCACAUAGGAUCACCACCAACAUUCCAGAUGAAGUUGUCUGCAGAUUUGGAGUGA